AUGGCUAUUGAAAUCGGAAAAAGACUGAGAAUCGAACAAGACGCUGAAGACCUCUCCGCUAAACGAAUUUGCAGGUCUACAAAUGGUCAAAUUCCACAAGUAGUAGAGCUCGUCACUCCCUCCAAGAGCGAAAACCUCACCCGUCUUCACAAUCUUUUCCCCAAUAGAAGAAGAGAGGACCUUUCCUAUGUUUUAGACCAGACUUCAAACUGUUUUGAAGCCAGCAUUUCCUUCAUUCAGAAGCUCGAGUUAGAAAAAUCAAUUGAGCAAGCUACUUCUACCCAUUCUGCAGGUCUAAUUAACGAUCUAAUCCAGAGUGGAUCUGAGAACGCAGCAAUUCAAACAGCGUUCAUGUAUUUAAAGCGCCACACUGAACACACUUCAAAUAUGUAUCUAUCCGCGCUGAGGCAAGAACACAAUCAGCUUGAAAGCCAGUUUGAAAGCCAAAAGCGAGAUGCAGCCACAUUGAAAAAGACUGUGCUCAAGCUGCAUAAAAAAUUGAAAUUAGCUGCUGAAAAGGAAAAAGCGUGUGAAGAGCUGAGAGAGCAGCUGAGACAGGAGAAGAUUAAGAAUUAUGCAUUGCAGCUGCAGCUUGCUAAAGGAGUAUUUGCAGAUGAAGUGUCGCCGAAUAGAGAGUUAUUUUAA